AUGAUCCUCUCCAACAUCACACACUCUCAGACAGGAGGAGUACCUCUCUCGGUGGACUUCGACAGUCCCGAGGACUAUUUGAUCUUUAUUUUCCAGAUUUUAUUCGCUACGACUACUGUUCUGGUAGCAGGAACAGUAGUCACUGGCAUAUUGGCCACCAGAGCGCUCCGCAUUCAAAACAGGUUCAUUUUCAUGCUCAACACUAGUAUUUGUGACACGCUGGUUGGGUUUUCAGUCUAUUAUCUGGGCCUGUUCGACGUUCAGGAGGGAUAUCCGUCUAGAAAUGGAACCUAUAAUGUUUUACCCUCACUUCUGGGCGUGAAUAUAUUGACAUUUUUGUUCGCACAGUUUGACCGGUAUUUUGCUGUGUGCCAUCCAUUCAUCUACAGCCGCUUCGUAACAAGACAGUUUGUGAUAGCUGUUAACAUCUACUGCUGGGUUUACAAUUCUGCUCACUUGCUCGCCAGGAAUUUGUUGCCAGUUUCAAAAGCGAUACAACUGUAUGUAUUCAGCAUUGUCUUUUUUCAACUAAUCGUGUUCACCAAAGUGGUCAUGACUAUCAAACUGUAUGUUGUUGCCAGAUUCCAGCUGGAAAGAGACCCUCCCAGUGCUGACAAAGAGAGCAAAAAAGAAUCACUGAGAAUAAUCAUUUUUGUUGUCAUUAGCUUCUUGAUGCUGUGGUGUCCCUCUUUUGUUAAUAUUAUCAUCAGAUUUGUGGUAGGAGGAGGGCUGACGUUUAGGAACGAGGCCACCAAUCUUUUCGCCAUCAUGGCUCGUUUAAACGCUGUGUGCACACCGUCUGUGUAUAUCUGGGGGAGCCCGGCUCUGAGAGAGGCCACGAUGAGGACAGUGUGGGGCAGACUGUGCCCAAGAUGCAAGAGGAGGUAA